CAGGCAGCCUCCUGGUCAUGUCAGGAUGGAGAUCCGGCAGCACGAGUGGCUCUCGGCCUCCCCCCACGAGGGCUUCGAGCAGAUGAGGUUGAAAAGCCGCCCCAAGGAACCCUCGCCCAGCCUGACCCGAGUGGGCGCGAACUUCUACAGCAGUGUCAAGCAGCAGGACUACAGCGCCAGCGUCUGGCUCCGGAGGAAAGAUAAGCUGGAACACUCCCAGCAGAAGUGCAUCGUGAUCUUUGCUCUGGUCUGCUGCUUCGCCGUCCUGGUCGCGCUGAUCUUUUCAGCUGUGGACAUCAUGGGAGAGGAUGAGGACGGACUCUCAGAGAAGAAUUGCCAAAAUAAAUGUCGAAUUGCUCUUGUGGAAAACAUUCCUGAAGGCCUUAACUACUCUGAAGAUGCCCCAUUUCACUUACCGCUUUUCCAAGGCUGGAUGAACUUACUCAACAUGGCCAAAAAGUCUGUUGACAUAGUGUCUUCCCAUUGGGACCUCAACCACACCCAUCCAUCAGCAUGUCAGGGUCAACGACUCUUUGAGAAACUGCUCCAGCUGACGUCGCAAAAUAUUGAAGUCAAGCUGGUGAGCGACGUGACUGCAGAUUCAAAGGUAUUAGAAGCCUUGAAGUUAAAGGGUGCUGAGGUGACAUACAUGAACAUGACCGCCUACAACAAGGGCCGACUGCAGUCAUCCUUCUGGAUUGUGGACAAACAACAUGUGUACAUCGGCAGUGCAGGCUUAGACUGGCGAUCGCUUGGACAGAUGAAAGAACUCGGUGUCAUCUUCUACAACUGCAGCUGCCUGGUCCUAGAUUUACAAAGGAUAUUUGCUUUAUAUAGCUCAUUAAAAUUCAAGAGCAGAGUACCUCAGACCUGGUCCAAGAGACUCUAUGGAGUCUAUGACAAUGAAAAGAAGCUUCAGCUCCAAUUGAAUGAAACCAAGUCACAGGCCUUUGUGUCGAACUCUCCCAAACUCUUUUGCCCUAAAAACCGAAGCUUUGACAUCGAUGCCAUCUACAGUGUGAUUGAUGAUGCCAAACAGUAUGUGUACAUUGCCGUCACAGACUACCUGCCUAUCUCCAGCACGAGCACCAAAAGGACAUACUGGCCAGAUUUAGAUGGGAAAAUAAGAGAAGCGUUAGUUUUACGAAGCGUUAAAGUCCGGCUGCUCAUAAGCUUCUGGAAGGAGACUGAUCCCCUCACAUUUAACUUCAUUUCGUCUCUUAAAGCUAUUUGCACUGAAAUAGCCAACUGCAGCUUGAAAGUUAAAUUUUUUGAUCUGGAAAGAGAGAAUACUUGUGCAACAAAAGAACAAAAGAACCAGACCUUUCCCAAAUUAAACCGCAACAAGUACAUGGUGACAGACGGGGCAGCUUACAUUGGAAAUUUUGACUGGGUAGGGAAUGAGUUUACCCAGAAUGCUGGCACAGGCCUUGUCAUCAACCAGGCAGAUGUGAGAGACAACAGGAGCAUCAUUAAGCAACUUAAAGAUGUGUUUGAGAGGGACUGGUACUCGCCUUAUGCCAAAUCCAUACAGCCAACCAAACAGCCAAACUGUUCAAGCCUGUCCAAACUCAAGUCUCCUUCCAACCAACCUGCCAUUUCUAACGCCACGGGGAGGGAGCCCCUGAGUGUAUAGUUCACUAAGACACGCAAGGCUUCAGACCAAACGCGGGAAGGACUAGAGGAAACGAUUUACUACAUCUUUUCUUUUUUAAGGAGAAACAAAAAGCACACUUAU